GUGCCGCCAUGCCGCUCCCGGUGCUCUUGCUGCGGGCAGCGGGCGCUUGGGCCCGGCUCCGGCCGCCCUCCGUCCCGGGGCGCAGGUACCGGGGCAGGGCAGGGCAUCCCGGGAGCAUCCCGGGCUCGGGGGGCCCUUGGUGCGGGGGAGCCCCAGAUCUCGCUGGGAGGAGCCCAGACUCGGAGGUCGCGGGGGUCUCGGGGGUGCGAGUGGGGCUGCGGGGGAGUCAGGGGUCCCGGGAGCUCGCGGGGGCUCCCAGACGCCUGGAUCCCUGCGGGGGGACCAGGGGGAGGCCGGGGCUCCCGGGAGGUUAAAGGGGACCUGGGCUUCCCGGAGCUGCGGGACGGGGUCAGGGCGGGGACAGCGCUGGGCACGUACUGGGGAGCCCCGGGGUACCUUGAGAGCACGACCCCGACUGUGGGUGCGGUGUGGGGAGCUCGGACUCUGCAGUCCUGGGGUGUCCGGGAGGUUCCCAGAGCCCCUUGGAUGCUGGGGGCACCCCAGCUCUUGGUGGGGGAACCAGGACUCCGGGAUUCCGGGAAUCCUGGGGGCUCCUGCACUCCUGGGUCCCUCGGAGGCAGGAACACAACUCUCGGUGGAGGGAGAUGGGAUCCUGAGGUCCGUGGGGUGACCCCUUCACUCAGCCCUCUCCCCAGUUUCAGGUAUGGGGUGCGCCUGGGGCUGGCCGGGCCCCCCCGGCUGCCCGCAGCGCUCCCGGCGCCCCGCCGCCUGCUCCUGGCCGGCUCGGCCACCGGCUGCGUGGUGCUGGGGCUGCUGCGCACGGCUGCACGCUGCCAGGAGGCCACUGUCCCCACGGUCCCCUCCGCGGUUCCCGAGCCUCCUGAGCCCCCCUUGGAGCCUCCCUUCGACUGGCCGCUGUUCUGGACUUUCCUGCGCCCGCAGCUCCUGGCGCUCUCGGCUGCUGUUGUGCUGGCGCUGGGCGCAGCCCUGCUCAACGUGCACAUCCCGGUGCUGCUGGGCCAGCUGGUGAACGUGGUGGCCCGAUGUGCCCGCGGCCACGUUCCCACCUACCUGCGGGAGGUGCGGCGCCCGGCCCUGCGCCUCCUCGCCGUCUACUGCCUGCAGGGCCUGCUGACCUUCGGGUACAUCGCGCUGCUGGCCCGCGUCGGCGAGCAGGUGGCCGGCAACAUGCGCAAGGCGCUCUUCAGCACCCUGCUCAGGCAGGAGGUGGCCUUCUUCGAUGCCACGCGCACGGGACAGCUGGUGGCGCGGCUGACGGCCGACAUCCAGGACUUCAAGUCUUCCUUCAAGCUGGCCAUCUCCCAGGGCCUGCGCAGCGGCACCCAGACCGUGGGCUGCUUCGUGUCGCUGUACCUGCUCUCGCCCAAGCUCACCGGGCUCCUGCUCGUGGCGCUGCCGGUGCUGGUGGGCGCCGGCGCCUUCAUCGGCGCCUUCCUCCGCAGCCUCUCCCGCCAGGCACAGGAGCAGGUGGCCAAGGCCACUGUGGUGGCCGACGAGGCGCUGGGCAACGUGCGGACUGUGCGCGCCUUUGCCAUGGAGGAGCAGCAGGCACGGCUGUUCUGUGCCGAGGUGGACCAUGCCGGACGUCUGAACGAGCAGCUGGGACUGGGCAUCGCCGCCUUCCAGGGGCUCUCCAACCUGGCGCUCAAUGGCAUCGUCUUGGGAACCAUCUUUGUUGGCGGCUCCCUGAUGGCUGGAGACCAGCUCUCACCUGGUGACCUCAUGUCCUUCCUGGUGGCCUCGCAGACGGUGCAAAGGUCCUUGGCCAGCAUCUCCAUCCUGAUGGGCCAGGUGGUGCGGGGUCUGAGCGCUGGCGCCCGCGUCUUCGAGCUGCUGAGGCUGGAGCCCCUCGUGCCGCUGGAGGGGGGAGCCUCCAUCCCUGCCCACUCCCUGCGGGGACGCAUCUGCUUCAACCACAUCUCCUUCAGUUAUCCCACCCGGCCUGGCUACCCUGUCCUGCAGGACUUCAGCCUCACCCUGCCCCCCUGCCAGACCGUGGCCAUCGUGGGCCCCUCUGGAGGAGGGAAGUCAACGGUGGCAGCGCUGCUGGAGCGGUUCUACGAGCCCACGGCAGGAACCAUCACCCUGGACGGGCAAGACAUCGCCGGCCUGGACCCCUCCUGGCUGCGGGGGCAGGUCAUUGGCUUCAUCAGCCAGGAGCCAGUGCUGUUCGGCACAACCAUCAUGGAGAACAUCCGCUUUGGGAAGCCCGGAGCCUCUGAUGCCGAGGUGUACGAGGCCGCCCGGCUCGCCAACGCUGACGGCUUCAUCCGCAGCUUCCCUGAGGGCUACGACACCAUCGUGGGCGAGCGUGGCACGGCGCUGUCCGGCGGGCAGAAGCAGCGCAUCGCCAUCGCCCGAGCGCUGCUCAAGGACCCGGCCGUGCUCAUCCUGGACGAGGCCACGAGCGCGCUGGACGCGCAGGCGGAGCGGGCGGUGCAGGAGGCGCUGGACCGGGCGAGCACCGGCCGCACCGUGCUGCUCAUCGCCCACCGCCUCAGCACCAUCCGCGGCGCGCACCGCAUCGCCGUGCUGGUCCAGGGCCGCGUGGCCGAGGAAGGGACCCACGAGGAGCUGGUGCGGCGAGGGGGGCUCUACGCCGAGCUCAUCCGACAGCAGACCAAGGAGGGGUCCUGAGGGGUCCCCCCGCUGCUCCCCAAUAAACCAGGGCUGGAAGGCGGA